AUGAUUUCCAUAUUCAGCGCAUCAAAAUGUAUACGCAUUCUUUGGUUCUGUCUACUCUUCCUCUCACUCGCUCACGCGCAAGAGCAGGAGACCGUCCUCGUCACAACCACACUCACCUCGACGCCAACAUCACCCACCCCAGCAUCCUAUACCUCUCUCAGCGAAUUCAAAGACACCGUCCUAUCCAUCAGCAAUAACUACCGCAACGAACACGAUGCCUGCACAUUAACGUGGAACGACACACUAGCCGACUACUCCCGCAAUUGGGCACAGCAAUGUAAAUGGAAGCAUUCAAAUGGGCCAUACGGCGAAAACCUCUCCUUCGGCUACCCCAACGCCUCCUCCGCCAUCGCAGUCUGGGGCGAAGAACGCAAAAUGUACAAUUUCAAGCUCCCUACGGGCUUCACCGAGGAAACAGGGCAUUUCACACAGUUAGUCUGGAAAUCCACGACGCAGGUUGGUUGUGCAGCGGUGGACUGUGGGUAUGAUGAUGAUGCAAAGGAUGAGAAGACCGGGGAUUUUGAAAAAGCAUUGGGAUGGUAUGUUGUAUGUGAGUAUGCGCCGGCAGGGAAUGUGGUGGGAAAGAACAAGAAGUGGUUUAAGGCGAAUGUUGUGCCGGAGAGGGCGAGAGGCGGUGGGGGAGGAACCAGGUCUGGUCAUCAGGGAGAUGAUGAUGAUGAGGAUGAGGAUAAAGAUAAUGGGGCUGCUAAACGGGAGUAUAUAGGGAAGGCUGGGCUUUGGUUGGCCAUGGUUCAUGGUAUUUUCUUCAUGUUAUAA